CAAGUUUAUUCACGUUGCCGGUGCCAGCUGCAAUUUUUUUUGAGUGAUUUUUAUAUUUUUGAACAGUUUUCAAACCAAAAAAAUAAAAAGAAAAUGAACAAGCAGGACUGCAAGUACGGCGCGUCCUGCUACCAGAAGAAUCCGGCCCACAAGGAAAAGUACCGCCACCCGACGAAGGAAACCAGCCCCACUAAAGAACCGGAACCGGAAACUUCCUCGAAGCGCCGAUCGGAUUCCCCGGUGGACGACCCGACGGCGGACAUCCUGGAGGACAUUAAACGGUGCAAGCGUCCGGCGACGCCGGAAAAGGACGAUGGCAAUCGGGAGGAGGCGGAGCAAGGGUCGGAGUAUUACGGGAUAACCCGUCAGCGGUACACGUUGCCGGAGGUUCCGAUGGACGUGGGGAUGAUGAGCGACAUUUACGACCCGCAGAUUGAGUUUUCCAAGAAGGAGGAGUAUAAGGAGCUUUGCGCCGAUCCGGUGGAGUUUAUUCGGCACAAGUUUUUGGUGGCGAUGCCGGCUUGUUUCAAUUCGCUGUGGGAGUUUUGCACGGGGAAGAGCCAGGACAAACCGGGGGAGGUGUUUGAGAAGUUGGGAUUGAGGUUGGUGGGGCCUUUUGAUGUGCUGGCCAAGAAGUUUACCGAUGCUAAAAUGCACGAACCUGGAGAUUAUCUGCGACAUUGGAGGUUUUACUACGAUCCUCCGGAGUUCCAGACGGUGCUGGUCAAGAAGGGCUCCGGUGUCCAUUAUGGGUACUGGAGGGACCAGCCGGAGGAUGCCAGCGGACUGGUGGCGCUGAACGAUGUCAACAAAGGUUGCGAGAUCAAAAUGAUUGGCGAGAAUAUCUUUGAUGCUGUGAUCCACUUCCUGGAGCACGAGGUCGCAACGACCCCCUUCAACAAGGCCCAGAUCGCCACCACCAAGAAAUCGCUCGAAGAAUUCGCCAAACAGCACGACAUUCCCCUGAAAUCAAACGAAAAAAUCAAAGCUCGCGGCAAAAACGUCGUCUGCAAGACAUUCCACAAGGCCGGCAUCGUGGUCCCGUUCGACCGGAAGCAGGAACUCGGUUACCGCGAGCUGCUCGAGAGUGACGCCAGCCUGAAGAAGAUCCUGGCCCGGUUCGACAAAAUCGACAAUGCCGCGGACAAGAUUGAGUUCACCGCGGCCAUGACGGAGCUGCAGCCGAUCGUAACCGGGGCGUUUAUUGCCGUCGACGAGUGUGACUUUGGGACGGCGCUGGAGCUGGCGACGGAUUUGUUCUGCCACGGGACGGCCAACCUGCACGACGUGAUGAAGCCGCUGUUUAUAACAGCGUACUCGCAGUUGAAGCGGCCGCAGUUUAUUGCGAUUAUAAAGUCUCAUCUGGAAGAUCGUCGCAAAGGGAUCGAUCUGGAUUUGUUAACGAAGUGAAAGCAGCAUAACCCUACUGGCCUUAUUUAUGCACGAUUGUAAUCAUCAUUUUAUCAUUUGAAAAUCAUAAACUUAUUGUAUCUUUUAAGCGUUCAAAAGUAAAUAACCUGAAUUAAUACAAA